AUACUGAUCCGACAACGUCUCCACCGUGUUUCAACACCACAUCUCAGCAUCUAUAGUUGGCAGAUAACCUGGGUCUUCUCCAUCUCGACCCGCAUAAAAGGCCUGAUUAUGAGCGGCGGCCUUUACACCUUCGACGCCGCACACGUCGUUUCGCCGUAUUUCGGAUGUUACAUGAGCGCUGAAGCUCUCGCCGCAAGUUUUUCUACAUGGCCGGUGGCGUUGAAGUUUGCAGUCAAGGCUCUGGUUGCUUGGUCGUUCACGUUUGAUGGGUCGAAUGGCUCGAGGCACUUGUCGCGAGAUGCCGCGAUGAUCACUACCAGCCAGGUGAUGCGAACUGGUUGGGAAGUUGUGGCUUUGAGUCUGACGGCAGCUUUG